GGGCGUCAUUACAUUGACUUCUGGGAAAUGUAGUUUUGAUGCUGCUGGCGAGUUCUGAUUGCGACAGAAACUACAGCCCCCUGGAGCCACUGCGAGGUUUCCUGUGUAGGCCUGCGAGUCAACGGUUAGCACUCACGGAGGUUGACUGAGAGCAUCGCCUUGAUAAUGGAUUCUGAAUUAAUGCAUAGUAUAGUAGGAAGCUAUAUUAAACCUCCAGAAAGAAUUUUUGCUCCGUCAUUCACCCAGAAUGAUGAAUUACCUCGGAAUCACCACUCUGUGAACUUUAAAGUUACCUCUCCUAAAAUGCUUCAAAGUCCAAAUAGCCAAGCUCUUAUUUUAGCCUUAAAAACUCUUCAAGAAAAGAUUCACCGUUUGGAGUUAGAAAGAACACAAGCUGAAGAUAACCUGAACACCCUAUCCAGAGAAGCAGCACAGUAUAAAAAGGCCUUGGAAGAUGAAACAAAUGAGAGAAAUCUGGUCCACCAGGAACUGAUAAAGCAGAAAAAAGAUAUAAGUAUACAAUUAAGCUCAGCUCAGAAUCGCUGUACGCUCCUAGAGAAGCAACUGGAAUAUACAAAGAGAAUGGUUCUCAAUGUAGAGCGAGAGAAGAAUAUGAUCCUGGAACAGCAGACCCAGCUUCAAAGGGAGAAAGAACAAGAUCAGAUGAAGCUGCAAGCAAAACUUGAAAAGCUUGAUCUCUUAGAAAAAGAAUGUUUUAAACUUACAACAACUCAGAAAACUGCUGAGGACAAGAUUAAACAUUUAGAGGAAAAACUUAAGGAAGAAGAACAUCAGCGUAAGCUAUUUCAAGACAAAGCUUCUGAGCUUCAAACUGGACUUGAAAUCAAUAGAAUUUUAAUGUCUUCAGUAUCAAACCCAAAACAACCUAAGGAAAAGAAGAAAUCUUCAAAGAAAACUAAAUGCUUAAAAAGAGGACCACCUCAGCAAAUGUAUUCAAAGUUUGGAUCAAUGCCUAUGGUGUCUGAAAAGCCUGCGAGGGCAUGCCAUUCUGUAAAUGCAAGUGUGCAAAACCUCCUUCAGAUGGUGCAACAUUAUGGGCCACAGAUUCUUCAGAAACCUGCUGAAGUUGCUGAGCCUAGAUGUCUCUACAAGCCUACUAGAACAACUUCCCAGUGUAAAGUGGUACCUCCUCACUCCAAAAAAUCUGUUUCCAUUUGUGACAAUUUGUCUGAACUUUUGAUAGCAAUGCAGGAAGAACUGGACCAAAUGAGUGUAGAACACCAAGAACUACUGAAUCAAAUGAAGGAAACUGAAAGCCAUGCAGUCUUUGAAGACAUAGAAUGUGAACUAGAGCAUUUAGUCAAGAAAAUGGAAAUUAAAAGAGAACAGAUUUCCAAACUGAUGAAGCAUCAAGACAGUGUUCGCAAACUACAGCAAAAAGUUCAAAACUCAAAGAUGAGUGAAGCUUCAUGUAUUCAACGAGAAGAUAGCAACCCUAAAGGAUUAAAGAACAUAAAAUAUAGCCCCAGAAAAUGUCUGCUAAAUCACUGUCUUCAGAAGAACAGCAACUUUCAUCCAACGCCAGUCCAUAAUCUUCAAAUGAAAUUAAGAAGAGAUGAUAUCAUGUGGGAACAGUAACACUAUAGCAAAACUGUCACCUUACAUAGCUGUCAAUGCGAUCUUAUAUUGUUAAAGUGGUUUUAACUUAAUAUAUCUUUAUGAAAUUUUGAAUUAUGUUUCUAGCCUCUAUAAUGUGUCAGGUUGUAGUAUUUUUUAAUUAAUGCCUAAUGAUCUAAGAGUCCCAAAUAAUAAAUGAUAUGCUGGUAUUUUUUUUCUUAUUGACUGAAAUAUUAAUCUCACCAUAUUUUAGAAACAUUGUUCACUUUCAGAUAUCUUAAGCUAAAUCUGAGAAAUUAUACUGGAUUGAUGACAUUUAAAAUUGAGCUUCAAUUUGAAAUACUAUUUCAAGUACCAUCUCACUUUUUCAUUUAGGCCUGUAACCCUAAGAACCAAUAUAAAAUUAAUAGAGUAUGGAAAGGUUUUAUAACUUUCCUAGCACUUCCUCCCUAUCUUGUUUUAGAGCUGUGAAAUGAAAUGUUUUUCUUGUUUAGAAUGGAAAAGCUUUGUGAACCUUUAGCCCAAGUUUCUAUGACAAUUACCAAUAAGAACCCAUAGUUACUUCAAUUUUAGAUGACAACUCAACUGCAAAAGCUUUCCUCUAUUCCCAUUCUCCUUUACAAAUCCUUUUAUAACUACAGCUUUUGGCGACUUUUAGUUUUUGCAUUAUACAUAAUAUUCAUCAGUAUAAAUUAAGAAUGUGGUUUUCAGGACCCACAAAGCCAGCAUAUUUUUUAUAGGAAAUUAUGGGAAGAAGUUGGACAUUUUAUUACCAUCCAGCAAAAGUUGGAGGAAAUAUGGUACAUACUUAUUUUUUAUAUUUUUUAAUCGGUGCUAUAAAAGAUUUCUGUGUAUUUGUAUGUUUUAUAAUAAAUUAACAUUUGUUGACCUA